AUGAAAGUUAUAAUCCAGAAACAUCCACAGAGCCACAAGUUCCCCGUCCCUGAAAGAAAGCAGUGGAAGCGAUAUUUUGGAGGGCAUUUAAUAACAGAAACACUUCAUUUUGAUGACUGGUAUGAGAAAAUGGCUUUUUCAACUUCCCUAAAGCCGUCACAGUCUAGCGACAGAAGGAAGUCAGUCAGAGCAUCACAGGGAGGCUGUCCGGUGGACAAGACGCAUAGGAACCAAUGCAGGGCAUGUCGGCUGAAGAAAUGCUUGGAAGUCAACAUGAAUAAAGACGCUGUUCAACAUGAAAGGGGGCCAAGAACUUCUACAAUAAGGAAACAAGUCGCUCUGUAUUUCAGAGGACACAAGGAAGAUAAUGGAGCCACACCACAUUUCCCCUCUGCAGCUCUACCUGCCCCAGCUUUCUUCACUGCUGUUACGCAGCUGGAACCUCAUAAUCUAGAACUGGCUGCAGUUUCUACAACUUCUGAAAGACAAACCUUGGUGGGCUUGGCUCAGCCAACUCCAAAGUAUCCACAUGAAGUCAGUGGUACUCCCAUGUAUCUCUACGAAGUGGCUACUGAAUCUGUUUGUGAGUCUGCGGCAAGGCUUCUCUUCAUGAGCAUCAAAUGGGCUAAAAGUGUCCCUGCUUUUUCUACUCUAUCAUUACAAGAUCAGCUGAUGCUUUUGGAAGAUGCUUGGAGGGAACUGUUUGUUCUAGGAAUAGCACAAUGGGCCAUUCCAGUUGAUGCGAACACUCUGCUGGCUGUAUCUGGCCUGAAUGGUGACAACACAGAUUCUCAAAAGCUGAAUAAGAUUAUCUCAGAAAUACAGGCAUUACAAGAGGUUGUGGCUAGAUUUAGACAGCUUCGGUUAGAUGCUACAGAAUUUGCCUGUCUCAAAUGCAUCGUCACUUUUAAAGCUGUACCUACGCAUAGCGGUUCUGAACUCAGAAGUUUUAGAAAUGCUGCCGCCAUUGCAGCUCUUCAAGAUGAAGCUCAGCUCACCCUGAACAGCUACAUUCAUACUAGGUACCCCACACAGCCCUGUCGUUUUGGGAAACUCUUGUUGCUUUUGCCAGCUUUACGUUCAAUUAGCCCCUCUACGAUAGAAGAAGUAUUUUUCAAAAAAACCAUCGGGAAUGUGCCAAUUACAAGACUGCUUUCAGAUAUGUACAAAUCCAGUGACAUCUAGACUGACCAGGGGUGGCUAUAUAUAUAUAUAGCAAACAAACUCUACAAGAAGCUGGAGCCUGGAAAUGUUUAACCUAUUGACAAAAUAAACCCAAUAGAUAUGGUUUUGCGGCCUUGAACAGAGUAACUUAAGACCGGGGGAGGGGGAGAUACUCUGCUCCACAGAAAAACUGGCUGUGGAUUGAACUUGGCUGCUGCUUCUCCUGUAGCAAUUUGGUGGAGCCAAUUCAAUUUUCAUUCAUAGUUAACAAAGGCUGUGCUAGUCUGUCAUUUAGUUGACAGAUUUGACAGGGUAAAGAAGGUACUUUAGGGUUGUUGUUUCUUCAUACUUUGAAAAAUUGGGUAACCAAACAUUGUUCUGUUGUAAUGUGUCAUGAGGUGGCCUUCAAAAAAAAACUUUUUUUCAAAAAAAAGUAGCUUGAUGGUGAAUGCUUUUUAUAUGAGGCUACAAUGAAUACCAGGUUAUGACAAACUUUACUUCAUCUGUAACAUAUAACAAUAAAGUGUCCUUCAUUAUGGAUUUUUAAGUAGUAUGUGGGCAAAUACCUUUUGGAUUCAAUAGGUCAUGCCUCCUGUUAAAAAAAUGAAUGGGUGGCCGUCACACCUGAGUCUUGCCAACAUUUCAGUUCAGUUGAACAUCUCAGACAGAAGAGCUUUAAAAGAUUUGUUUUUUAAUGCAUGUUAAGUGAAGAUUAAACAGCAAAACCAAAUAAAAUGGAGAGGAUCGAUACAGCAAACUGAUAGCUGUCCCACUGGCAUAGUGCUGAAACCAAAGGCAAUGGUGGCCAAACUCUUUGUCAAUGAGAUGUACAAAAAGGUACCUGGCUUACAAUAAAACAGUUUUGAAAUAUCUUACAAAGGAUGUAAAGGACGGUUGAUCAGUACAAACCUAAUACUCUCUAGUGGCUUUUUAAAAACCUCCAGGUUCUAAUAAAAGCCUUCCCCUGCCUCUCCCUCUCUCAUAAAACUUCCCACCCCUCACAACAACACACACAUUAUGAGCUGCUUAACUUGAUGAGAAUAUACUUACGGAAAAUGUAGGGGGAGUGUUAAAGAUAACUGCUGUACUUUUCAAGUUUUUAUUUGUUUUAGCAACUAGCACUGAGGAAGGAGAACCAGCACUUGAAGUAUCAUAGAAUGAGUAAAACUUCUCUUGUA